AAUAGAUCUCUUGCUUAGGGAAGAAAAAAGCGAAAUGGAAUGCGAUUCUCCAAAAGUGAGAGUCAUCAUCGUUUAUCUCAGUUUGCGACUUUCGUAUUGAUUUGUGCUGUGAGGUGAAAAAUCUCAGUGGAAACCAUUAAGUUGUGAGAACCAUGGGAAAAGACGCAAAGUCAAAGGAGGCUGGAGGGAAGGGAAAGGGAAAACAGGCAGCAAGUGGAAGUGAUGAAAAUGCUUCUAAGGGCAAAGGAAAAGGUGCGAAAGGUGCAGAUGGGCUUGGUACUUGCACCUAUGUCAAAGCAAGGCAUAUCUUAUGUGAGAAACAAGGUAAGAUCAACGAGGCAUACAAGAAGCUGCAGGAUGGUUGGCUUGAAAAUGGAGAUAAGGUCCCACCAGCUGAGUUUGCAAAGGUAGCGCAAGAGUAUUCUGAAUGUCCAUCAGGAAAGAAGGGUGGAGACCUAGGAUGGUUUCCACGAGGAAAGAUGGCUGGGCCCUUUCAGGAUGUUGCCUUCAACACACCUAUUGGAGCUACUAGUGCUCCUUUUAAAUCAACGCAUGGCUACCAUAUUAUCUUAUCUGAAGGAAGAAAGAACUGACCACUGAAUAAGAAUGAAGUUGUAUUUCAAUGGCAUUAGAGCACAUAACUAUUGUCUGCUUAAAUGAUUGCAUGUUGCUUCCCUUCCUUUAGUGGUUGUGGUUGAUAAUUUAAAUAUACAGUUUACCAUAUGUACACUGAUCUGGCUUUCUAAUAUUUCGAUAAUUGAGAGCAUUGUAUGUGAAUGUGGAUGGUUUUACUACAUUUAUGACGUUUAUUAAACCCCCACUCUAGUCCUAUUUUUA